CAAUAAUAUGGUAUCAACAACAAAAUGCAAAGGCCAUGACACCCAAGAAAGCAACAAUGUAAAGAGCUCUAAAACAUUAUGCCAAUAAACUACACCAAUCAUAAACUUCACAUAUCCAAAGUACAUCACUCCUAAUCCAAAGAACCUCGCUUUUUCUUUUCCCUUUGCUUUAAUAAUCAUUUGUUAUCUUCUCCAGCGAGCUUGUCAUGAAUCACCCUAUGCCUUACUCUCCUUAACAUAAAAACCUAACUCAUCCCAAUACUCACAUUCAUCCACAUCCACAUCCACUCAUUCCACUUUGUUCCUCACUUGAGUUCAAUGGCUCGUAUAUUUUUCAACUUUAUCCUCUUCAUUUUCUUCUGGGUUUCCCCAUUAGCACAUUCUCGAAACAUACCCCACAAUGCCAAAACCACAAUACUCGAUGUUGUUUCUUCCAUUCAAAAAACAUAUCAAGUUCUCAACUUUAACCAAAACCUUAAACAACAACAACAACAAAAGAGUCCAUUCACUUCUUCAACAUCAACACUGUCUUUGCAACUGCAUUCACGUGCAUCCCUUUCUUCACAUGCUGACUAUAAGUCACUAACAUUAUCCCGACUCGACCGCGACUCAGCCCGAGUCAAAUACAUAACAACCAAGUUAAAUCAAAACUUCAACACAGAUAAACUUUCUGGACCCAUUAUCUCAGGAACGAGUCAAGGAAGCGGCGAGUAUUUCUCCAGAAUCGGAAUCGGUGAGCCACCGAGUCAAGCAUACAUGGUUCUCGACACUGGCAGCGACAUAAGCUGGGUACAAUGCGCACCCUGCGCCGAUUGCUACCGCCAAGCCGAUCCCAUUUUCGAGCCAACUGCAUCAGCUUCCUACGCGCCGCUCUCUUGUGAAGCCGCUCAAUGCAGAUAUCUUGACCAAUCUCAGUGUCGCAAUGGUAACUGUCUCUAUCAAGUCUCCUACGGUGAUGGCUCAUACACGGUAGGAGACUUUGUUACGGAGACAGUUACCAUCGGAGUUAAUAAGGUUAAGAAUGUAGCGCUAGGGUGUGGUCAUAAUAACGAAGGCUUGUUCGUUGGUGCAGCUGGCUUAAUCGGCUUAGGUGGUGGUCCACUUUCUUUUCCGGCACAGCUCAAUUCGACGUCGUUUUCGUAUUGCUUAGUGGAUCGUGAUUCUGACUUGGUUUCAACGUUAGAGUUUGAUUCACCGUUUUCUCGUGACGCAGUUACCGCGCCGUUACGGCGUAAUCCGCAACUGGACACGUAUUAUUAUGUUGGACUCGUUGGGAUAAGCGUCGGCGGCGAGUUGCUUGCAAUACCAGAGACGAGUUUUGAGGUGGAUUCCGCCGGGAAUGGGGGGAUUAUUGUGGAUUCCGGCACGGCGGUGACACGGUUGCAGAGCGAUGUUUAUAAUGUGGUUCGUGAUGCGUUUGUUAAGGGGACGAAGGAUUUGCUGGCAACGAACGAGGUGUCGUUGUUUGACACGUGUUAUGAUUUGUCGUCGAAGACGAGCGUGGAGGUUCCGACGGUGGCGUUUCAUUUCGGGGAAGGGAAAGUUUUGGUUCUUCCGGCGAAGAAUUACCUGGUACCGGUUGAUUCGGUAGGGACUUUUUGUUUUGCGUUUGCUCCAACGAUGUCUUCUUUGUCAAUAAUCGGGAAUAUUCAACAGCAAGGGACACGUGUCAGUUUUGACCUUGCAAAUUCAUUAGUUGGAUUUUCCCCUAACAGAUGCUAAUUAAUUGUGAUAGGUUACAGUACAAAUGUAACCGUUACUACAUAGGAUACUUGUUUAUUAAUUAUGCUUGUUCACGUGUUAGUGUAAUGAAAUGGGGGGGUCCAUUUGGACAAGGUUGCAAUGUUGGCAGCAGGACCAGCUGCUGAAUGGAUCCCUAAACAUGGCAUAGCUAGCAUUGCAUGUGAACAAGGGUGUGGUGUGGUAGCACAACAAAAUUAAAUUUCUAGUCCUUUAACUUACUUUUAAA